CGUCUCGCCCUGCCCGCCGCCAGCCUCCCAGACCUGCGGCGGGCCGUGCCCCUCUGAGCCCCGGCGCUUUCUCAGUCUGGGCCCGCGGGCCGUGCUCUCGGCCCCCGGGGGCCAUCUGCCAAGGUGGUCGGCCGGGGCGCCGCGAAGAGGUGGUCCGCCGUGAGACGCUGCGCCCCCUCUGCGGCAGGGCCCGAGGGCCCCGAGGCCGCGGGGGCCCACGGGCUGCACAGAGGCCGCGCGCGGCGCAGGUCUGGGCCCCCAGCGGCGGAGGCCGACGAGGGAUAUGUCGGCGCCGCCGGUGGCAGAUCCGUCCACGCCUGCGAAGCAGGAGAGGGGGCUGGAGCUGCUGCCGCUCCGGGUGUCCUCGCCCACCAUGGCGCUGAGCGAGUACUCGCCGUCCACGUCCACGGCGGCGAGCACGCGGGGCACCGCCUCGCCCACGCAGUCCCAGGAGCCGAUCAAGAUCCAGCCCGCCGCCGAGCUGACGUCGGGGUACGGGUUCGCGCCCGACCGGGAGCCCGAUGACGGCAGCCCCGCGAGGCUCAACCUUGCUUCCAAGCUGGCGGCGCCCCAGAUCAUCCUGCAGCUCGCCUCGGCCAUCGAGGAGCCAGAGCUAGGUUCCAAGGACAUGCCCACGAUCGGCUCGCUGGGGCACAGAACCCGCAAUUGCAAGCCCUGCGCGUUCUUGCACACGAAGGGCUGCGAGAACGGCAUCGACUGUCCUUUCUGCCACUUGUGUACGCCUGGGGAGAAGAAGCGCCGCCUGAAGGAGAAGAAGGAGUUCCGCAUGCACGCGACGCAGUACUUGGCGCUGCAGGAGCAGAUCAAUCAGGAAUACCACAUGUACAUCCCGCCGCCCCGCUGAGGCGCGCCAGCGUGCCCACUUCUGGUUCCUGCGGCGCGGGGCCUGGGCGCAGUUGCACGACCUAGGCAACGCCCGCUCGGCUCCCCUUCCCGCUGGAAGCCUCAGCGCUCAGCUCCUGCCCCCCUUCCCGCUGAAGCUCCAGGCGGGGCGGCGGCGGGGCCGAGCUCGGAGCACAUGCUCCUCUGAAGACGGCCGGGCGGCACAGACAUCACCCUGCGGAGGUCCGCGCACGCUCCUCGGGCCUGCGCUGGACCGCCCCCCCUCCCCGCGUCCCCGGCGGCGGAAGGCGCCCCUCCUGGCGCGGUCUGCGCGCCGGGGGGAGGGGUGCUGAGAUGAGGGUCCAGCGCCGACCCUGAAGUUCAGGCGGACCUCCGAAGUCAUGCCGCUUCUCGUCUUCUGCUCUUCGCCUAAU